AUGUUGCACUCCAAGGACCCGGCGAUUGUUGCAGUUGCGAAGGCCCAGGUGUGUCAGAUAGUGCGCAAGCGCUACCGACUGAUUGAAGACCACUGGGUGGGUCGAGACGACGAGCUCAUCCGUCUGUUUCUGAACUUGGAGCUUGCGUCGUCUCCCCAUGCUACUGUCAUUCGCCGGUCCGGCGACAUUGCUUCGCUUUGGGUGGACGUACAGCGGGUGAUGUGCGUCCACCAUCUCUGCUUGGCGGACCGCGCAGAGGACGACGUCCAGGACCAAUUCGCGCUCCGCGUGCCGCACCAUGACAAGUGGCUCGACCACAAGGAUGUGUUGCGGCACGUGAAGUUGCACAUGAAGAUUCGCCACCAGACUCGGUGGAAGAGUCUGGUGGAUCAAGGCAAGACGACCCGGGUGCACGGUGGCUCCGGGUCCAAGUUUGUGCUGUCGGGGGCGGGUCUAUCUGAUGCCGAACAUCGGUUUGGAAUACAGGCCCGCCUCAACCAAGUCGAAACUAACUCGGUGCUGAAGCGCCGCCGUCUUCGGGCGAACGCUCACUUCCGAGCGCCGACCUGUUCUAGUGCUGAGACGCUGGCGCACGUUUUGAGCCAUUGUGCUACGAACAUGGAUUCAAUCCGUCAGCGUCAUGACUACGCACUCGAGCAGAAAGUUGCCAAGAUAAGGCACGCGCUCGUCCGGAGGAAGUCAGGCGCAGAGCUGCGCAUCAACCAGACGGUACCCGAGUACACUGGUGCAGCUCUGCAUCCCUACAUUGUGGUGCGUGACGUGGCUGCCAAGAUAAUGGUGAUUGCUGACUUGGCAGUCACGUUUGAAGACCAUGCUGCUAGUGCUCGACACUCCUCGCUGCAACUCAGCCAUGACUUCAAGGUCAACAAGUACCAACCCAUCGUUGCUGAGUUGCGGCUUAAUAGAUGGCGGGUACAGACUACGGCUCUUGUCUAUGGUUCACUGGGUUCGGUGCAUCCCAGCAACCUCAAGACCUACACAGAAACGCUUGGGUUGCUCAAGAUUGAGGCUCGACAGCUGGAUCUUCAGCUGUUGAGCCAUUGUGUUAGGUCCAGUCAUCGGAUCUGGAGCUGGCACUGUCGCCAGCACGGUUAUCGACAACGCGGUGGUACUGCCUCGAGAGCAUUGCAUCGGUCUGGGGGGACCCGGCAGAGCACAUCUCAGGUUAGGGCACGGAGAUAA